UGUCAUUGUAAUCUUUGUUCCUUCAUGGCUUUAAACAUGAUGUUUCAUCUUCUAAGCCAUGUUCUUAUUUUCCAAAUUUUUCUAAUACAAACUCACCAUUGCCAACUCAAUUCACCUCAAAAUCAAAAUAUUGAAACUUUUUAUCCAAUUCAAAUUCCACAACAAUCCACACCACCAAAGCCACAAGCAUCACCACCAUCAUCAUCACUAGCACCAACAUCAACAUCAUCAUCUACAACAAAUUCUUCAUCAAACAGUAAGAUAGUAACUGCUGUAGCUGCAACCGCAGCAGGAACUUUAGUUCUUUCUGCUCUAGUUUUCUUCUUUGUCCUUAAAUGCUUUAGAGCAAAGAAAAAAAAUGUGAGGGUGAAGAACAAUGACAACAACACUGGUUCUUCUGUAGUUCAUAGAAAUGUUGUGCCUCCUAUUAAUGUGUUUGAGAAAAUGGAAGGUAACAUAAAAGGACUUAUUGUUGAUGAAGAUGGUUUAGAUGUUGUUUAUUGGAGAAAGCUUCAAGAUCAAAACUUUGAUAAGGAUAUGAAAAAGGGUGUUUUUUUGAAUAGUCCUAGAAACAAAGAUCAUGAAGAUGAUCAAAGGAAGAAUAAUCAAGAAACUCAUUUGCUUAGAGGAAAAUCUUCAACUUCACAUAUGAAUAUUUUUCCACAAGAAUCAUCAUAUACAAUUAUGAAAAUUACACCUCCUGCUCCUCCUCCUCCUAUUCAACCAUUUUCUCUAAACCUUCUUCCUUCAUCACCUAAAAAGCUUUCUACUUUUUUCUCAUCAAUUCCAAAUGUGACAAAUCAUGCACCACCAAUGGUUUCUGAUGAUACAAAGAGUCAAGAACCACCUCCUCCUCCGCCACCUCCUCCUCCAUCAGUAGUACCUGAUAGAAAAAGCUCAGCACCGCCGCCACCUCCUCCUCCUCCUCCACCAAUUCUAGAUAGAAAGACUCUUGCAACACCGCCUCCGCCACCUCCUCCUCCUUCGCUAUCAACUAGAAAGAUUUCUACACCAGCGCCGCCGCCACCACCAAAGACAAGUGGAUUGAAGUUGAAGUCAUCAUCAAAACCACCACCUACACCUCUUGAAACAAAGUCUGCCAACAAUAAACAAGGGAGUUCUUCAAGUGAAGUGAAACUAAAACCAUUGCAUUGGGAUAAGGUGAAUACUAAUCUUGAUCACUCUAUGGUGUGGGAUAAAAUCGACCGCGGUUCAUUCAGGGUUGAUGAUGGUCUUAUGGAGGCUCUAUUCGGGUAUGUUGCGGCCAAACCAAAUAGUAACACUUCAAAAGGAAAUGAAUCAACAAGUCCAAGCAAGGAUGCAUCAACAAAUGCUUUCAUUCUUGAUCCUAGAAAAUCUCAAAACACUGCUAUAGUUUUGAAAUCUCUUGCAGUCUCGCGAAAAGAAAUCGUCGAUGCACUCAUCGAUGGCCAAGGCCUUAAUGCAGAUACAAUUGAAAAGCUUUCAAGAAUCGCUCCAACAGAAGAAGAACAAUCUCACAUUCUCGAAUAUGAAGGAGACACAACGAAACUUGCAGCAGCUGAAUCUUUCUUGUACCACAUCCUCAAAGCUGUUCCUUCGGCAUUUAAGCGCUUGAAUGCGAUUUUAUUCAGGUUGAAUUAUGACUCGGAGAUCAAAGAAAUCAGGGAGAUUCUACAGACACUUGAGAUGGCGUGUAAGGAGCUUCGAAACCAGGGAGUUUUCGUGAAACUCCUUGAAGCAGUUCUUAAAGCAGGAAACCGCAUGAAUGCAGGUACUAAUAGAGGUAAUGCUCAAGCUUUCAACUUGGUUUCUUUAAGGAAACUCUCUGAUGUGAAGAGUGUUGAUGGAAAAACCACAUUGCUACACUUUGUGGUCGAAGAAGUAGUUCGUUCCGAAGGGAAACGCGCGGUUCUUAACCGCAAUCAUAGUUUGACUCGUGGUUUCAGUAGGAGCAGUAGCAGCAGCAGCAUUGGAGACUCUAAGGAUUCUGCUACCUCGAAUGAACAAAAACUGAUGGAAUAUAUAAAACUAGGAUUACCAAUUGUAGGAGGUGUCAGUGCCGAGUUUUCCAAUGCAAAGAAAAUUGCUUCAACAGAUUACAAUAGUUUUGCCGCUUCUAUCUCGACACUUUCUGCAAAGAUAGUUGAAAUUCGACAACUUGUUUCGCAGUGCGGAAAUGAUAAAGGAGGGAAGUUUGUGAGAGAGAUGAACCGUUUUCUUGAAAGUUCUGAGAAGGAUUUGCAAUUGGUGAGGGAAGAACAAACAAGGAUUAUGCAGCUUGUUAAGAGAACAACAGAUUAUUAUCAAGGAGGAGGUUCAAAAGACAGUGCAGGAGAACAGGCUCUUUAUCUAUUUGUCAUAGUCAAGGAUUUUCUCGGAAUGGUCGAUCAAGCGUGUAUCGAGAUUGCACGUAACAUGCAGAAAAAGAAGACAUCUAAGGCAAAGUUCUAAAGAAAAUCUCCCAGCAAUUUGUCCAUGACAUCGAGAUUUUUCAUGUCUCGGCGACUUCAAUGCAAUUGCGAUCGACGCUGUAUAAGUCGUAUUUGAUUGCAAUUUUCCACGACAUCAAGAAUCGUGACCUGUCAGCAGCCGCAAUUUAAAACCUUGUAUGACAAGUUAAAGGUUGAAGUCAGCAGAGGCACUAGCACAAAGGACUCUUUAAUUGGCCUAACUAAUUCAACUUUUUCCUAUGGGACCAUUUAGACAAAGGAACUGAAAAACUAAGAAGCUAAUACGUCCUUGUCCUUGUGAUAUCAUCAUUUUUCCACAUUUCAACGUGUAAAUGUAUGUGUUACAUGUAUAGAGAACUAUUGUUCAUGAGCAUUUUUGAAGUCUAGUGUAUAUACAUGUUGAAUUCUUUUGGCAAU